AUGGGCAUUAGUGGUGGACCUUCCAGAGCCAAGAGAUCUCAUGAGAUCCUAGUGCAGUGGCUUGUGGGUGCCUCCUCGGCAGGACGGCAGGAUCCUCGUGUGUCCUGCCUCACCCACGGUCUGUGCCCCGUGGAGCCCGGCUUGCAGACAGCAGCAGCUGUGUCCAUGGGCUCCACCGACCACCAGUUCAGCCUUGCAGAGAUCCUGUCUCAGAACUACGGCAUCCAGGAGGGGCGCGAGGCAGCCUCAGGGGGUCCUGAGAAGCCUGAGGAAGAGUUAGACAAGGACUUCAUCUCCCAGAGCAGUGAGAUGCCCCUGGAUGAGCUGCUGGCUCUCUACGGCUACGAGGCCUCGGACCCCAUCUCAGAGCAGGAGAGUGAGGGCCCCGACGCUGCCCCGCUCCCAGACAUGACCCUGGACAAGGAACAGAUCGCGAAGGAUUUGCUCUCAGGAGAGGAGGAGGAGGAGACACAGUCAUCUGCUGAUGACCUCACCCCGUCUGUGACUGCCCACUCGGCCUCAGCCCUGUUCCCCAGCCAGAGUGGACCCCGUUUCCUGGCCAGUGGAGACAAAGAACCCAGCUCUUCCUCCUCCUCGGACACUGAGGAGGACUCUCUUCCUGCCAACAAGUGUAAGAAGGAGAUCAUGGUGGGACCUCAGUUCCAAGCAGACCUCAGCAGCCUGCACCUGAGCAGACACAGCGAGAAGAUCUACGAGAAUGAGGACCAGCUGCUCUGGGACCCCCACAUCUUGCCGGAGCGGGAGGUAGAGGAGUUCCUGUACCGCGCUGUGACACGGCGGUGGGACGAGGCCGCUGGGCCCCAGCUCCCAGACGGGGAGACGGUGAAGGACAGCGAGCAGGCCCUGUACGAGCUGGUGCGCUGCAGUUUCAAUGCUGAGGAGGCGCUGCGGAGGCUGCGCUUCAACGUCAAGGUGAUCCGAGAUGGCUUCUGCGCCUGGAGUGAGGAGGAGUGCAGGAACUUUGAGCACGGUUUCCGCGUGCACGGGAAGAACUUCCACCUGAUCCAAGCCAACAAGGUGCGCACGCGAUCGGUGGGCGAGUGUGUGGAGUACUACUACCUGUGGAAGAAAUCCGAACGCUUCGACUACUUCACGCAGCAGACGCGCCUGGGCCGGAGGAAGUACGUCCCGUCCGGAACCACGGAUGCGGACCAGGACCUGGAGAGUGGGGACCCCGACGGCCCUGGGCGCCCCCGCUCCUCACCACCCCUGCCCGCCACCACCAACUGCCUGGGCCCCCAGCAAGAUGCCCUGGGGGGCCUGUGCCCAGAGCCGCUGAGCGUGGAUGACCCCACUCGGGGUCUGAAUGGCCUUGGUGAGCCUGGAACCGAUGCCCUCCCGACCUCGGAGCCCUGCCCCUUCCAGCCGCUGGAUGAGCCCCUGCCCCAGAGGCCCUCACCCCUGGCCGACCCGGCCUUCUACCCAGCAGUCCCGGAGCCCAGCGCCCGCCCCCGGCUCGCAGUGGACUUGGCUCUGCCAGGACCCCUUCCUGAGGAACUGCCCCUCAUCUCCAACCACGUGGGUCUGGACGGAGACCCUGCGCAGGUGGCCUUGUCGGUGGCGGAAUUCGGACUUAUUGGCAUCGGGGACGUGAACCCCUUCCUGGCCCCCGGGCUGCACACAGAGCCCCUGUCACACUGUAACGUGAUGACCUGCUGA